UCUAGACCACGUGUGCGCCCAGCGCCACGCUUUCUGCCGCGCGGAGAGGUUUUGUUCCGCCAGCGGAGUUUCUGGCCUGCGGUUUGGCUCUCGGCGCGGCUCUGUCCGCUGCUCCGUGCCCGCUCAGUGGCCGCGUCUCCACCCUGUUCCCGCCCUUGGUCGGCUCGGUUCCCCGUCGGGCUCCAGGCGCCAUGGCUUCCCGCGGGAGGAAGCGGAAGGCCGAGGCGGCGGUCGCAGUGGCCGAGAAGCGAGAGAAGCUGACCAGCGGCGGCAAGGGAGUGGAGGAGGUGACGGUCGUUAUCGAGCAUUGCACGAGCUGACGCGUCUACGGGCGCAACGCCGCGGCCCUGAGCCAGGCGCUGCGCCUGGAGGCCCCCGAGCUUCCAGUGAAGGUGAACCCUGCCAAGCCCAGAAGGGGCAGCUUCGAGGUGACGCUGCUGCGCCCGGACGGCAGCAGUGCGGAGCUCUGGACUGGGAUUAAGAAGGGGCCCCCGCGCAAACUCAAGUUCCCUGAGCCUCAAGAGGUGGUGGAAGAGCUGAAGAAGUACCUUUCGUAGGGAGGUUUGGGCAGAAGUCCUCACGCGGAGCCUUCGGUCCCUGGUGUUGUUGGAGCAUUUAUGACGGUACAUGGCCAAACAUCAGUCAUGUGCCUGAAGCUGUGGUUUCUUCCCCUCCAGAAAUGAUGGUUUGGUUGUGAGGCAACCCUGUAGUAAAGCACUGAGAAGUUCUUGGAUUUGGUUUGUUUAAUAAAAGUUGAAAUAAAGUA